UUUGCUUUCUGAUGCUUGCCAUAGCUCUUCUUGCAAGCUGUUUUUUUCUAAUGAUCCAGUGAAGAUCGUAAAGGCAAAAGGCCAGUAUAUGUAUGAUGAGAAUGGAAGACGGUACCUUGACUGCAUAAACAAUGUUGCUCAUGUUGGACAUUGUCACCCUGAUAUAGUAAAAGCAGCCCAUGAACAAAAUCAAUUGUUAAAUACAAAUUCUCGUUAUCUUCAUGACAACUUGGUCAAUUAUGCAGAGAGACUUUCAAAAACGCUGCCCGAGAAGUUAUGCAUCUUUUAUUUUUUGAAUUCAGGAUCUGAAGCUAACGAUCUUGCCCUAAGAUUGGCACGACAGUAUACAAAACAUGAAGAUGUUAUAGUUUUAGACCAUGCUUACCAUGGACAUCUGACAUCCUUGAUUGACAUAAGCCCAUAUAAAUUCAGGAAUCUAGAAGGACAAAAGGAAUGGGUCCACGUGGCUCCUGUUCCAGACACAUACAGAGGACUUUAUAGAGAAGACCAUGAAGAUUCAGUAACCGCCUAUGCUAAUGAAGUAAAAAAUAUUAUUGAGCAAGCACAUAAGAGAGGCAGAAAGGUUGCUGCAUUUUUUGUUGAAUCUCUGCCAAGCGUGGGUGGUCAGAUCAUUCCACCAGCAGGCUAUUUUCAGAAGGUUGCAGAGCACAUGCACAAGGCAGGAGGUGUAUUUAUUGCUGAUGAAAUUCAAGUUGGUUUUGGCAGAGUCGGCAAGCACUUUUGGGCAUUCCAGCUUCAAGGAGAAGAUUUUAUACCUGAUAUUGUCACUAUGGGGAAACCAAUAGGAAAUGGGCACCCUAUUGCCUGUGUAGCAACAACAAAAGAAAUUGCAGAAGCAUUUGCAGCCACAGGAGUAGAGUAUUUUAAUACAUUUGGAGGAAACCCUGUUUCAUGUGCGAUUGGAUUAGCUGUGUUAGAUGUGAUUGAGAAGGAACACCUUCAGGCUCAUGCCACAGAAGUAGGAAACUUCUUGAUGAAGCUACUCAAGGAGCAGAAAAUCAAGCAUCCCAUCAUUGGUGAUGUCAGGGGUUCUGGCUUAUUCAUUGGAGUGGACUUAAUCAAGGAUCAAGCAGAAAGGACCCCGGCCACAGCAGAAGCAGAGUAUCUCAUAACAAGACUUAAGGAAGAAUAUAUUCUACUGAGCACAGACGGGCCAGGAAGAAAUGUGCUUAAAUUCAAGCCUCCAAUGUGCUUCAAUAUGGAGGAUGCAAAAUUUGUUGUGGACACAAUUGACAAACUACUAACAGAUAUGGAAAAAGAAUGUCUGAACCAACAGAAAACAUCCACUUGUUCUACCUGACCAGGUUUCAGACAAUGUUCAAGAUCUGCUACUAAGAAACAUUAUUCUACAAUAAUAAUGCACAUUUAAUCUUCAUCCUAGCAUGUCUUAGACCACAUAACUGAAAAUAACAAAAUGAAAGGUAACUUAUCUUGUUAUUAGUAAAAACUUUAGAAGAAAUAAAUUUUACAAGAGCUUGUUUCAACUCUGGCAGAAGUGUGGAAUUGGCUUUUAUUUAAAACAGCAUAUCUAAAACUGAUUAUAAAGGAAUGUAUUUCUAGUAGCUACUAUAAACUACAUUUUCUAAAUUCAUGCUCUUUCAAUUAUGACUUUUGAAAAUUAAGAUGAGCCAAUGGGUUCUCUUUUUUUAUAUCUGCUGCUACCUAUGCAAACACCAUUCUAGCUGCCAGUACACUCAGUCCUUCCCAGGCUCCUCUGACCAGUUUCAGUAGCCAGUUUCAUAACAAGGUCCCUAGAAGCACUAUAUUCAACAAACAGUCUCAGUGACCAGAUUAAGUCAAAAACUUCAGUCCCGAAUUCACAACAAAUGCAUGAGGAACAGACAGCUGUGAGGGCCAUGGCUCCCAAACCAGUUCUUACAAAAUAUUCUGUCCUCAAGAAAUAUCCAAGUAGGAUUAGUAAAUUAAGAGUACAUAACAGCAAGAAGCAACAACCUUGUGUACAAGCCCUUGCUUUCACUAGGCAAUUACAUGUUCUUUGUAUCACAAACUUUCCAUGCAAAGAAGAAAGGGAAAGCUAGCUCUGCAUUUAAGUACCAGUAUCCUCAAUUUCUGCUUAAGGCCACAUCACCUGUCAAGGAAGCAUUACCUGAGAACCUACUUCCAAAAAGCACCAACGUAACAGCCAGCUGACAAACUAUUGCUAAUACACUAGCCAGAAAUACUGCAGCAGUAUGGUCCUGAUACUAUGCAAAUUCCCUGUUGGAGGGCAAACUGUUUUCUAGAAAAAAUAUUCUGCUACCCCUUACUUCAUAAGAAAACAAGUAAAAGGAUGCAACAGAGUAAAGCAUUUCAAUUUUAAAUCUUGAGACAGUAAUACUUACUUAAAUACUGUACUCAUGUUUCAGAGGUCUGCAAUUUUUUUAUUUGCAAGUUGGGCAUUAGGUUACAUACUCCAGCUGUAAAGUUGUUGUGUCAACUAUCAGAUUUAAAAUCUGCUGCA